AUGUACGAAGGGAUUGACAACCUGAAAUCCCUUUACGACCGUGCCGGGAAGACUUUCUCCGGAGGUCCUUCUGCGGCACAGGAUGUGCCGCGUCGUACUGCUCAACCAGACCCAGUACGUCAACCAUCAGUUGGGAGCGGGGCUCCCAAGAAUCCCAGGACGGGGGAUAGCCGCGCCACCGGACGAGAUAACUCGUCUGACGUCCGUUCACGUCGCGGUGGUUCAACAGCUGCUCAACUAGAUAGCGCUGGCCACCGCGAGAGUCCUCUAAUGGAGGUGGAGGAGGAGGAAAGACGCUCUCCACACGAUCAUGUGGAUCGGCGUCUCCAAACGGCGGACACUGCCUUGAAGCAUCGAGCUGAGUUUGCCUUUGCUCAGCUUGAGAACGAGAGAGCUCUGACAUCUCUUCGUGACGAGCUAAGGGUAGCUCGUGGGAUUGUUGAUCGGUCUCGGGCUGAGAUAACUGCUCUUCAGACCCUUGUUGAUGCCCACCAUUGGGAGCACAAGGCUCUCUGCGAGAUGCUUGAGCGCAAGGGCGUUCUUCAUCGGAAGAAGCUGCGUACAGAUGGUACGGCUUAA